AUGACUGUCAACUUAAGGAAGACCCGAGUAGACCUCUCACCACUGCACAUCAACGGACCAACUGUGAGGAGAGUAAAAAGCUACAAGUUUCUUAGGGUGCACAUGACGGAGGACCUCUCCUGGACUCUAAACACCACCUGCCUAGCUAAGAAGGCCCAGCAAUGCCUCCACUUCCUACGGAGGAUGAAUACAGCCAAACUCCCCCCUCCCAUCGUCACCACUUUCUACAGAGGAACAAUAGAGAGCAUCCUGAGCAGCUGUCUCACUGUAUGGUAUGAGAACUGCACAGCUUCUGACCACAAGACCCUACAACGGAUUAGAGCCAGCAGUCCACCAAGGGAAUACAGAACAGCAGAUUUAAGUAGCAGGAGGUCGGAUGUUGUGGAGUACCGGGUGUUUUUGAAAGUGCCACACUGCAGCAAGAUGUCGGAAUAUGCAGCAAGAAAUAUCUCUCACACGGACUUCAUACUAAGUGGCUUCUCUGGAUCCAGAGAGUGGAAACAACUUCUCUUCAUCCCAUUUUUCCUCUUGUUUGUAAUGUCAGUCACUGCAAACUCCAUGAUUAUAUUUAUAAUCUUAUCGCACAGGGCUCUGCAUUCUCCAAUGUACCUGCUGAUUUGUGUGAUGGCUUUUGUUGAUUUGGUUAUACCAAUAUUCGUUGUUCCAAAUAUGUUUCUUAAUCUCCUGUUUAACUGGAACCAUAUAUCUCUGAUGGGUUGCCUGGUUCAGAUGUUCUGCAUUCACUUUUGGUCAGUGCAGACUACUAUCUUGCUGUGGAUGGCCCUGGAUCGUUUCUACGCCAUCUGCACUCCACUCCAUUACAAUGAACACAUGAGAUUCUCUGCAUUCCUGAAAUUUGUAAUUAUACCGAUGCUCAGAAAUGCAGUUUUCAUUUCAGCAAUAGUUGGCCUGGCUCGAUCUUUGUCAUACUGCCAGUCCAACGAGAUUAAGCACUGCUUCUGUGAACACAUGGCACUGGUCACCCUUGCAUGUGGUCCCAUAUAUGUUAACAAUGUUAAUAAAAAAUGA